AUGAGUUGGUUUCAGGAAGGAGACACCACCAGUGGCUCAGUAACCAAUCAUACCUUUCCUUCACGAAAAAAACUGGUAAACCGGGUGGCUAAAGGAAAGGCACCGUUCAAACCGGACGUUACGAUAUGGUGUUCAGACAACGACCUAGUAGCUCUGGCCACCGGAGAGAUGAAUCCUCAAAAGCUUUAUGCUGCCAACCGGAUCAAAGUCCGAGGUAACCUCGACAAGGCACUCAAGCAGAACAAAUUAUCUCUCACGAGCGCGAAAAAAUCCGUUCUUAUUUCCGCUCUUCUCAACCACUCUCUAUUUAAUGCUUGCUUGUAA